CUUCGCAGUAGUGUCUGAGCGGCAGUGAACGAAAGAGUUUGUCUUGGUAUAAGAUCGCGAGGCAGCGCCAUCAUCCAACUCUCAUUCAGCGCCAUGGAGGAGUCGAGUAGUUGACGUUUCCUUUCACCUUCUCUUUUUACGCUUUACUUCGUACGGUCAUCGAUCCGUUAACAGCGUUACCAGCCACUUUUCUCCAGAUUUGACGCGUGUCUUCCAGUUUGAAGAUGAAGUUCAUCAUCGGCAUCGGCGGGGUCACAAACGGAGGUAAAACAACACUGACUGACAGACUGAUCAAGGAUCUGCCCAACUGCUGUGUGGUUCAUCAGGAUGACUUCUUCAAGCCCCAAGAUGAGAUUGCAGUUGGUGAAGAUGGCUUUAAGCAGUAUGAUGUCAUCUCUGCCCUGGAUAUGGACGCCAUGAUGAGCACCAUCCAUGCCUGGGAGCAGAACCCCGUCAAGUUUGAAAGAUCUCACGGCGUCAACAACACCCUGGACUCGGAAAUCGUUCCACGUGUGCAGGAUGAAGGGGAAGGCGUUCAUAUCCUGAUUGUGGAAGGUUUCCUGCUGUACACCUAUGGACCUUUGAUCGAUGUGUUCAACCAACGAUACUUUAUUUCCAUUCCAUACGAAGAAUGCAAAAAGAGGAGGAGUUCAAGGAACUAUGCAGUGCCAGACCCACCCGGUCUGUUUGAUGGACACGUCUGGCCCAUGUAUGUGAAACACACAAAAAUCAUGGAAGACUCAGGGGUUGAUGUCGUGCAGCUAGAUGGAACCAUGUCUAAGGAACAACUGUACAACUUUGUGUACGGAAACAUUCUCAACGACAUCCAGAACAGUCUGCCGUGAACAAAGAUCUGAUGAUCGGCUUGAACGUCCUAGCGCUGCAGGAUGAAGGCUGCUUUGAUUCCUGCACGCAGCAGCAGUGUGUACUCCAGUCAAGACAGCGUCUGCAACGCUUUUUUAUAUCUGUUUUUAUAUCCUCUAUAUUUAUUGCUUAUAAAGCACUUAUAACGCUACUCAUCUGUAUUAACAUCAAGAUGGAGAAUGUUCUGAGGAUGGUUGCAGCUACAAGCACAAAGCCAAUAAAAAGAAGCUCCUGCAAAGCG